AAAAAAAUAACCCCAUCUUCUUUUUGUAAAUAGAAUUAGAUGAAGUCAUAUGGAUUGAAUGGGUGAUUGCUUGCGAAUAUACUUCUUGACAUUUCAAGUUUAGGUUGUUUUUGUUUUGGCCUUUUAGCCAUUAAAGGGAGGGGCCAACCACCCACUUCUUCCCAACUAAAUCCAGCUGUGCUAACUUAUUGGACUUGAUGAAUUUGUAACAUUUAAUGCUUACUGUUUUUCUUAUUUUGGGUAUCUCUUAAACAUAUCUAUAUUUUUUUGUUAAUUUCUUGUUUAUGUUCAGCAAGAAUCCAGAAAUCUGUUAUUGAAGUUUCAUGUUUAUGUGCUAAAAGAGAGAUGGAGGACUACAUAGUGAGCUUGGUUGUCUGUGGAGUAAUUUCAUGGGCAGCACUAUUUAUUUCAGUGAGGAAAAUGUUCCCAAAAAAAUCGUUCAGUUUCUGCAAUCGAGUUGUUUCAACAAUCCAUGCUUCACUUGGUGUAAUUUUAGCUUCUCUAUCUGUCCAAAGCUGGACUUGUCCCGUUUGUCCCAUGGCUUCCCCCUCUUCUCCUUUUCAGAUGCAAACAUUGGCAGUGACCCUUGCUUACAUGAUUUACGAUCUAAUAUGUUGCUUCUUUGGUCCUGGUCAUUUCAACAUUGACAAUGCUGUUCAUCAUCUUGUCAGCAUCAUCGGCAUUGGCGCUGGUCUCUCUUACCAAAUGUGUGGGUCUGAGCUGGUUGCAGCAUUGUGGGUAACAGAAAUAUCUAGCCCAUUUCUUCACGCGAGAGAGCUUCUCAAAGAACUUGGGUACAAGGACACUGACCUAAAUUUACUGGCUGAUAUCUCAUUUGCGGUCAUCUUCUCAAUUGCAAGGAUGGGUGUUGGUCCUUAUAUCACUUACAUUACAUUGUCUGCAGAAAAUCCACUACUUAUAAAGAUAAUGGGUUCGGGGUUGCAGUUGGUUAGUGCGUUUUGGUUCUACAAGAUUGUGAUGAUGGUGAGAUACAAACUGUUCAAGAGGAACAAAGCUAGUAAUAAAGUCAACUAAGGAAAAUUGGUUUUGUUAAGAAAAAUGAAUUGUCACAAUAAAGAAUUAAUUAGAUAUUUGAGAGUGCUUAGGUAUAAUAUAUUCAUUUUGAAAGUUCAGAGAAACUUUCUAUGUCGUUGAUCCAAAAUGAACUUUAUUCAAUUCUAUACAUAUUGAUAACUUACAAAGAAAUUCUAUACAUAUUGAUAACUUAGACUCAUGUUGGAAACAAA